AUGGCUAGAGAAAAUUUCCUCCAUUACCAUAAAGCUUACAUGAUGUUCUUGGCUCAAAAAGCUAAAGUAAUUUGGAUGGCUAAUGGAGAUGAGAAUACUCAUAUUUUCCAUGCAUCUCUGAAGGCUAGGAGGUUACAGAACAUGAUUAUGUCCAUCAAGAAUGAGGGAGGCACUUGGGUUGAUACUCUAGCUGGUAUAAAAGAGGCUUUUUUGGAUUAUUAUCAACGAUUGCUAGGGACAGUUAUGAUACAAAGGAAGCAGGUUUCUCGGUCAAUUAUGAAUUUAGGCCCAGUUCUCACUGAAGCUCAUACUCAUAUUCUUACAACAGAAUUUUCAAAUCAGGAGGUUAAGAAUGCUAUGUUUUCAAUUUUAGGAAUGAAAGCUCCAGGCCCAGAUGGAUAUAGCAACUACUUUUAUCAAGAUAACUGGAAUUUGGUGGGUUUGGAGGUUAGUGCAGCUGUUUUAUCAUUCCUCAAAUCAGGUAAAUUGCUCAAAGAGAUUAAUAAUACAACUAUUACUCUCAUUCCUAAGAUUAUUUGCCCAGAUAAUGUUUGUGAUUUCAGACCCAUUGCAUGUUGUAAUGUCAUCUAUAAAGCAGCAUCCAAGAUGAUAUGUUCAAGACUUUGGCAAGUUUUACUUGACUUAAUAGCAGAAAAUCAAGGGGGAUUUAUUCAUGGUAGAUACAUAGCAUACAACAUCAUGAUAUGUCAAGACUUAGUUCGACAUUAUGGGAGGAAAAAUUGCAAACCAUGUUGUAUGAUCAAGUUGGAUUUGAGGAAAGCUUAUGACAUAAUAGAAUGGGAUUUUAUUGAAGAGAUGCUCAUAGCUUUUUAG